GAAAGCUAGAAUUGUGUCUGGCUUGCUGUCUCUGUAGCAGACUGCUAGGAGCCAUAUUCUCUGAGACUCCAAGCUUCUUUGCUGUGAUCCACAGUGCAUAUAACUCAGAGCCAGAGGAAGCAAAUAUGAAGUGGUCAGGCCGGACUCAUAAAGGGGGGUCCGGGGGUCCUCCCCCGGGAAAUUUUUUUGAAUGGUGCUUGCUGGUGCAUUCUGGUGCAUUUUGAGUAAUAUUUAAUGAAUUUUAAAAUUGACAUUUUAAUUGAGACAAUCACAAAAAUUAAUAUUGGUACAGGUAUAUGAGGUUGCACCUAAAAUUUCUGAGACGGUGAAUGAUACCGGUUUGGAGAGGCACCAAUGUGAGGACACUGAAAGGAACUCAAUUACAGUUUGGUACGGCAAUGUUCCCCGGCAAGUCUAGACUUGUGAGUGCCGGUACCAGUGCAGCUAAUACCUUUCCCAGGCAUGCUAUAACAGUGAUAAAAGAAGGUCGCUUAUACAAACGUCAAAGAGGCACAAAGGCAACUAAUCUAAAGGGUUUGAAGUUUCAGAAGAGAUACUGUGUGCUCUCACCCCACUCACUCGAGUACUAUGAGAAUAAAAAGCAUAUUGAGAUGGGUCUUAAGCCCAACAAUACAUAUUUGGUUGAAGACAUCAAAAUAGUGGAGAAAGUGCCUCAUGAAACUUUCCGAAAACCACAUUGCUUUCAGAUCGGAAGUAAGGAAGAGGUCAUGUACUUCUGUGCUGGGUCUGAGGAACAUUGUCAACUCUGGAUCAAUGCAUUUAUUAAAGCUGCUUUUGAAAUGAGAGAGAACAAACGAGAGCCAUCAUACCACAACGGUGCUUUUGGACACACUAUGCACAACAGCUGGAGUUGUUGCAAACAGAAGGACAGAAAUGCUGAAGGGUGUGAGAGCAGCACGGCUUGUUCUGCCCAUGUGGAACUUCAAGAUGAAGAUGCCGUAUCUCUAGAGAGCCUCGAGUUCAAUAAAGGAAUCAAUUAUAAGCCUGGUCUACUUGAUGCCGCCACUGACCGACACUAUUCAAUUCAGAGUGCAGAAAGUGGGUAUGGACAAUCACCAGCUAUUAGUCGCCGAGGCACUGCAGUCUCAGAUAGUGGUGAUCAAGUUUCUAAGAGGGUAUCGACUAAUCUACAAAUGGAUUCCAGGGAUUCUGGACUUCCAACUUCAGCUAUAAUUACUGAAGAGGACCUACCGAUACGUGCUGAAUCUGAUCCAAUACUUAUCUAUACGCCAAAGAACAUCUUACUGUCGGAAGGGGGUUUCUCAUAUGCCACCACUGUGUUGUACAGAGGAGCAGAUUCUGUGAUUGUAGCUACAAACACUGGCAAGGUGUUCACAUCAAGUGUAAAUGCAAUUGACCUACCAAAGUACAUCAUAUACGACACAGACAGACAAGAAGCAGUCUCAAUCAGUGUCUGGGGCAAGUACAUUGCCAUAGCUUCAACAGAAAUUUACUUACACAAUUUGGACGAUAGCAAGGGAACACAGUGUGGACGGACUCAGGACUCUACCCAGCUAGUGGCAUUUAGUCCUGAUGGAUCCCUCUUUUCUGCAAGUAAGGGAAGAAAUGUUGUGAGAAUGUGGAGCAAACCAAAAGACUGGGCACACGUGAACACCUCUACAAGACCAGUCAGCACUUUCAGUGUAGCUGAAGAGGGAGAGCAAAUUUUCGGCAUGACCGUGAGCCCUCAUCCAAAGAACCCAUGGUUAGCUGUUGUGGUCACAUCUCCAAGUUCAUGUGAUGGUGGACAUGGAUAUUCUGUGCAUAUCUACAACUAUAGUAACAAACACUCUUUUCAGAGGAUCGAUGCAGGACUUCACACAAGUCUAGCUUUCACUCAUGAUGGGCGGCACCUAUUUAUUGGGAAUAAGCUCACCAUUAAGUGCUUAGACUUGGACAAUGGAAAAGAAGAUGUGUACUAUACCUUCAAACGAGAUGGUUCUAUCACAAGUCUUACCUGUUCCUCUGUUCGUCACCACCUUGCUGUCGGCUUAAGCACUGGGGAGGUCAAUGUCUUUACAGGACACCCAUCUGAGCCAGCUGCUGUUCCACAUAGUAUCCCUAAUAUGAAGAGCAAUGGCGCUGUGACGUCGCUUUCAUACAGUAGAGAUGGGAUAAACAUAGCUGUUGCAUCUAAUGAUGGGAAUGCUACAAGUUGGAGAGGAUCAAAGCCGCUAAAAGAACCAGUCAUGGUACGCAAACGCCCUCUACUAGUGACCAACAAGGGUCAAACGUUUCACUCAGAUGAAGAUGGUUACACCAUAACAGUCCCAGAGGGGGCAGUGAAAGAAGGCAUCGAGAUUACACUCCACCAUGGUGUAGCACCCCACAGUCCGUAUGGACCCUUUGAAUUUGAUGAAGGAGUUCAACCAGUGUCACCCAUUCUCUUAUUAUGUCCUCAGCCAGCUAACACGGUUUUUCUCAAGCCAAUAGAAGUCACUUUGCCUCACUUCAUAGCGUGUGAAACUCUAGAAGAUUGCAAUAAAAGACUGUCGUUUUCAAAAGCAAGACAUGAUAAUUUUCGAGUUAAUAACAGCUGCAAAAUUUACCAGUUCGAGACGGUAACAGAUGGGAAUGUUGUUCAUACAGUUUCCCAGGAGGAGACAAUACGAUAUGAUGCUGCAACAUUGUACACACAACACUGUUGCUUCCUCUGUAUUCAAGAAGAAGUCUCUGAAGAGGACACUAGAAACGCUUGUUUCUCACUUCAUCAAAUAGUUCCUCGGUAUCGAAAUGGGUACAACUACGAAGUUUACUACUGCCUCUCAUACCAACUGGAGACUUGUAACAAGACAGUUGAUGAGCAGUUUCCAAACAAGGACUACAUCAAACGUAGGAAGGCUGUGCUAUUCGAAGGGCAUCAAAAUGUGUUGAGGAUACAAUUCAGCACUGCAAACUUACCUGGAAAUUGGGGUCUUCAGUUAGCAAACACAAGGAACCAGAUUACAGAAGGAGAACUUUGUUUCUGGGGCGAUCCUAUUAAGAGAGAUAUUAAAGAGCUCUGCAGAAUAGGGGUUUAUCCACCCAGAAUUCCUGUUCGUGUUACUUGUGGGGAGUUUGUGAGAGGAGGGGUGUUUACCACAAUCUCGUUCUCCGGAAUCUGUGGAAGAGUAGAAAGCGUUAGCAGGGAUUUCAACCUUGAAUUGACCAAGCCUCAACCAGCACUUGCUUCUCUCGGACUUGAUGAAUAUGAGAUUUUAAAAGACGAGUUACAAGAUAAACUUUAUGAAAAUGCAAAUACUAUCAGCUGUGAACGACUGGCUUUAGCUUUGUAUUCAGAAUCGUCUAUUCAAAAAUGCCCAUACUUGGCCCAGGACAGCACAACUAGAAAGAAAAUUAAAUCAUUUGUUUCAAUUGCAAAACCAAAUGGGUGUUGUAUUUCAUUGAGUGAAGAUGAAAACUUUCGUGCUAACUAUGCGAUUCUCACAGAAGCUCUCGAUAUAGCAGAUACUAUAGAUCUUCACUACACAAAAGUGAUAAAAAAAGCAUUAGAACUAUCAAAAUCCAGAAAAGACAAAUCUGGAACGUUGACAAGACAAUCACUGUCUGUUUCAACACUAUCAGGUAUUAAUAAGACCCUAAUCACCAAACCAAUGAUGAUGGAUCACAUACUGUGAAAUUGGAUAGUUAUGCUGCAAGUACUCGUUCAAGUGAUUCAUCUGAUUCAACUUAGUCAAAAGACUUCAUAACUCAGCUCAAUAACGUUUCAGCUACAUGACUUGUAGAGCACUUAUGUAUUAUGCCAGUUUACGUUUCAUAUUUUAGCACCUUAUGUAAGCACGUUUUUAUACAUCAUAGUUGAGUCGCACUAUCUGAUUCAUGCACACAAACGGAUUAAAAAACAUAAAGACUAUGUAAGAUAUCUUGUCCUUAUAAUUAUCCUGCUUUUAAAGUUUUGUUCCAAUCAUAAAUAUUGUACAAUGGAACCUC